CUGGCUGCUGUGAGGGGCAGGCUGCAGGAGUAUGGGCUGGGUUAAGCUGCUACUUAAAAGCUGCCAGCGGCAGCAGCGCACCACUCACAGACUAUCUGACAGCAGGGCGGGAGAGACUGAGCGCAGAGAGAAAGAAAGAGAGAAGGAGAGUUAGACUACACAGAGGGAUCCACCUGUGUGUGAGUGUGUGUGCUCGCGCGCGUGCGUCUGUGCGUCUGCCUGUGUGUGUGCGCACGCAGCGCGAGUGUGUGCGUGUGUGUUUGCGAGAGAGAGAGAGAGUGCAUGUGCGCGUGUGUUUGAUGUGAGACCAUUGAGAGGAGGUGUGCUUGCAGCAACAGGACUAUUUUUAGUUGCCUCCAUCUCUCCCCUUCACCCUCUCUCCCUCCUCUCUCUCUCUCUUUGUCUUAAUCCCUCUCUUUUUCCCUUUUUAGUUUUUUUUUAUAUUUUCUUUUUUUUUUACUUUGCAAGCCUCAAGAGAGCAGCCUUUUUUCCUGAUUGAGGAGGGGUAUUCAAAAAAAAAAAAAAAAAAAGAAAAGCUUCAGGCGUUUCCACAACCACCACCACCUCUGCCAAAGCCACCAUGCAGCGGGCGGUCUUCCUGCUCCUGCUGCCCCUGCUGGGUCUCUCCGGUGCCCUAAGGGACGAGUGGAAGCCGGGGGAGUUCCCGGCGACCCAGCCCGGCGCUCUCCUCUUCCUGGAUGCCUACAACACCACCGCCGAGGACGUCUUCUAUUUCAGCGUCAGUGCCAACUGGCGCUACAACACCAACCUGACCAGCCACAACUCAGAGCUACAGGUGAAUGCUUCCCUGGAGGAGCAGGCCUUCACAGAGGCCUGGGGUGCGAAGGCCAAGGCGCUUUAUCCUGAAUCUAUGCUGGCGACCUUCACCGACCAAGUGGCGGUCAAACUCAUCAAGAAGAUCAAGGUCCUGGGGCCCGCCAACCUCCCCGCCAGUGAGAGAGAGACGUACAACUCCUUACUCAGUCGGAUGGACAGCAUCUAUUCAACAGCCAAAGUCUUUCCGAAGGCCAACGUUUCCUGGAGUCUGGAACCUGAAAUCUCGGAGGUGAUGGCCACAUCGCGGAGCUACAAGAAGCUGCUCCUGGCGUGGGAGGGGUGGCACGACGCUUCGGGGGUGCCCCUCAGGGAGCUCUACCCCCAGUUUGUGGAGCUCAGCAACAAAGCCUCAAAAUUAGAUGGUUUUGCAGACACUGGUGCUGACUGGCGUUCGUCGUAUGAGUCCGACACCUUCGAGGCAGAUCUGGAGCAACUUUACCAGACCAUUAAGCCCCUCUACGAGAACCUACAUGCCUUUGUCAGGAGAAAGCUCUAUGACUUCUAUGGCCCAAAGUACAUCAACCGCAAAGGACCCAUCCCUGCACAUCUUCUGGGCAACAUGUGGGCCCAGACCUGGAACAAUAUCUACGACAUGAUGAUCCCCUACCCAGGAAAGCCCAACGUCGACGUGACCGAUGCCAUGGUUGCUAAGAACUACAACGCGACUCACAUGUUCGUUGUAGCGGAGGAGUUCUUCACAUCUCUGGGUCUGAAGCGGAUGCCGCAGGAAUUCUGGGAUGAGUCCAUGCUGGUGAAACCCGAAGGCAGGGAGGUGGUGUGCCACGCGUCCGCCUGGGACUUCUACAACCGCAAGGACUUCAGGAUUAAGCAGUGCACCACUGUGACAAUGGAGCAGCUGUUUACUGUCCACCAUGAGAUGGGACACGUGGAGUACUACCUGCAGUAUAUGGACCUGCCGGUCAGCUUCCGACGCGGGGCCAACCCGGGCUUCCACGAGGCCAUCGGAGACGUCCUCUCGCUGUCCGUGUCCACACCCAAACACCUCAAAGAAAUCGGCCUUUUGGAGACUCUGGUGGAUGAUCCAGAGGCUGAUAUUAACUACCUCCUGAAGAUGGCGCUAGAGAAGAUGGCCUUCCUGCCUUUUGGGUAUCUCAUUGAUCAGUGGAGAUGGAGUGUCUUCAAUAACAAGACAACACCUCAGACCUACAACAAGGAUUGGUGGAGUCUUAGGACCAAAUACCAGGGGAUCUGCCCACCUGUGCCUCGGUCUGAAGCACACUUUGAUCCCGGUGCAAAGUAUCACAUCCCAGGCAACACGCCCUACAUCAGGUAUUUCGUGAGCUUCAUCCUGCAGUUCCAGUUCCAUGAAAAACUGUGUGAAGCUGCCAAACACACCGGCCCCUUGCAUAAGUGCGACAUCUACAGGUCCAAGGAGGCCGGAGCCAUUUUAGAGAAGGUUCUACGCGCCGGUUCCUCCAGGCCCUGGACCGAGGUUCUGCAGGAGGCAAUUGGCACCAACAAAAUGGAUGCCACCUCACUGAUUAGAUACUUCCAGCCCAUCAUCGACUGGCUGCAUGAACAGAACCGUCCCGAGACCCUUGGUUGGCCCGAAGCAGACUGGGUUCCCCCAGUGCCAGAAGACUAUCCUGAGGAUAUUGAUGUUAUAUCAGACGAGGCCCAGGCCAAGCGCCUCCUUUCGGACUACAAUAGCACGGCGGAGGGAGUUUGGAACGCAUACACAGAAGCAUCGUGGGCCUACAAUACCGAUAUCACUGAGGCGAACCAGCAAAAUAUGCUCCAGAAGAACCUGGACAUGGCCAACCACACAAAGUCCUACGGUAACGUCGCCCGCAAGUACAACACGGCAGAGUUCCGGGACGGGUCCGUGCAAAGGAUCAUGAAGAAGCUGAGUGACCUGGAGAGGGCCGCCUUACCACAGGAGAGACUCGAAGAGUACAACCAGCUGCUGUCUGGCAUGGAAACCAAGUACAGUGUGGCCAAAGUCUGCAGACCUGACGGCGGCACCUGUCAUCCUCUGGACCCAGACCUCAACAAAAUCAUGGCCGAGUCACGUGACUACAAGGAGCUGCUGUUUGCUUGGCAGGGUUGGCGCAACGCCUCUGGCCGGGUGCUCCGAGAGGACUACAAGAAAUAUGUGGACAUUGCCAACGAGGCUGCCAGGGCAAACGGUCACUCGGAUAACGGGGCGUUCUGGCGUUCCCUGUACGAGACGCCGACUUUCGAGCAGGACCUCGAGCUCCUUUGGAAAGAGCUGGAGCCACUCUACCAGCAUGUGCACGCCUAUGUGCGCCGCGCACUCUACAAGAAGUACGGCGACAAGCACAUCAAUCUAAAAGGGCCCAUCCCCGCCCAUCUACUGGGCAACAUGUGGGCGCAGACAUGGUCUGGCAUCAUGGACCUGGCGAUCCCCUACCCUGAUGCCACACAAGUGGACGCCACCCCUGCCAUGGUAGCUCAGGGCUGGGACGCGGUCAGAAUGUUUAACGAGUCGGACAACUUCUUCAAGUCCCUCGGCCUCAUCCCAAUGCCGCAGGAGUUCUGGGACAAGUCCAUGCUGGUGAAACCCGAAGGCAGGGAGGUGGUGUGCCACGCGUCCGCCUGGGACUUCUACAACCGCAAGGACUUCAGGAUCAAGCAGUGCACUGUGGUGACCAUGGACGACCUCAUCACGGUGCACCACGAGAUGGGCCACGUGCAGUACUUCCUGCAAUACAAGGACCAGCCUGUGUCCUUCCGCGACGGCGCCAACCCGGGCUUCCACGAGGCCAUCGGUGACGUCAUGGCCCUGUCGGUGGCCACACCCAAGCACCUGCAGACCAUUGGUCUGCUGGACAAAGUGGAGGAGAACCAAGAGAGCACCAUCAACUACCUGAUGAGCAUAGCCCUGGAUAAGAUUGCUUUCCUGCCCUUCGGCUACCUGAUGGACCAGUGGAGGUGGAAGGUGUUUGAUGGUCGUAUCUCUGAGCAGGACUACAACAAAGAGUGGUGGAACAUGAGGAUGAAGUACCAGGGCCUGUGUCCACCUGUUCCUCGCACUGAGCAGGACUUUGACCCUGGCGCCAAGUUCCACAUCCCAGCCAACGUGCCCUACGUCAGGUACUUUGUGAGCUUCAUCGUCCAGUUCCAGAUCCACAAGGCUCUGUGUGCGGCUGCCAAGCACACUGGUCCUCUGCACACCUGCGACAUUUAUAAGUCCACAGACGCAGGGAAACUCUUGGGUGACGCCAUGAAGCUAGGCUUCAGCAAGCCGUGGCCGGAGGCCAUGUUUGACAUCACGGGCGAGAAGAGCAUGUCGGCCAAGCCCCUGAUGGAGUACUUCGCGCCCCUCAUCACCUGGCUGGAGCAGGAGAACCAGAAGAACGGAGAGGUCAUGGGCUGGCCUGAGUACAACUGGACCCCGCCAACUGAUGACAUUGCAGUCCAACCUCCCCCUAUAGACGACGGGAAAGUAGACUUCCUGGGUAUGUCUGUUGACGGCGCUGCCGCAGUCGCCGGCCAAUGGGUUCUUCUGGUUCUAGGUCUGGUUCUACUAGUUGCCACGGCGUUCCUGGCCUACAAGUUCCGUAAAGCGAGGCGGUCCCAUUAUCAGAAGUCCUCCUCACAGAUUGAGCUGAAAUAAAUAACAGGAGGAGGAAAAAAGAAACGUCUGGAAUUUUUGAGAAUGUUGUCAAUUUGAUAAUUUGAUGAUUUAAUGAUUGUUUUUGUUAGUGUUGCUGUUGUUUCUUCGCUGUUGAAUGUCUUGUAUAUUUAUUGAUACAUUUUUUUCGGGGUCAUAUUGUUUUGACUAUGCAAAGAAAGCUGAUUGUUUUUUUUUUGUAAUUUAUUUGUAAUAAUUUGAAUGAAAUUGUUGGGGGGGGACGUACAAUUAUUUGUUUGUAAAGUCAGAAUUGUGUAUGCAUUUUGGAUUAAUUUUCUUGGUAAAUAUUUUGGCCUUUGUAGAAUAAAGACAGAUAUAAACAUAAA